AUGCUAUUAGAUUCACUAUUAUCGUCUUGUUUAUUACUCUUGGCAUCGGGCUCGUGCGCGUACGUGACAGGAAAGUGGGCAGCCAACAAUGUCAUCAAACACGAGCCGCAAACUAUAUCUGCGUGUAUUGGAGUUGCGGCAAUCAAUUUAAGAUCGCUGCUAAAUCUAUUUUCUCCGUUUAUAUUUCACGCCUCUUACUCUGCUGAUCCUAUUGAGAUACUCAAUGAAGAGAAACAUACGGCAGAGCUGAGAAUCGGUCCGCUUCAUGAAAAAAUAUGUCGAGUUUUCGGUAUGGCCGGAUUAAUUUUUGCCGUGUGCGAUGCUCAUGGAAAUCGCCAAACUGGUAUCUUCAUAAUUAGCACGCUUACUUUGAUCGAGUUUCAUCACGCUUUGUACGAAAGUUAUCCCGGCAAACAAAGAAACAAAUUAUUCCACUUCAUGUGGAUGCUAGCCGCUGGAUUUUACGGGUGGAUAAAAAAUAAUAAAUUAUGCUUCUGGGCUCAUCUACCCUAUGGCAUGUCAUUUUUGUUACUCACACCAGAAAAACAUUAUGCGUGGUCUGUCAACAGAACCGUUAAUAAUUACAUGAUGAUGGUCCACGUAUUUUUAAUGUUAGAAGCCAUACGGGAUGCUCAAAGCAACACUUUGAAGUAA